GGAAGCUCCAGUGGCGUUCAUGAGCACGGCAGGAGCGAACCGGCACAGGCGAUACCGGGGGAAGAAGUGGGGCCGGUGAACGGCGAGAGAAGCCACCAUUCACGGAAUGAAACAUAUUGAUGUUUGUUUCCCAAACCUCUGCUAUCGCUCUCUUCACGUUUCUUCUUCUGAUCAGCAUCAGAUCAAGAGCCUGACGUCGAAGAGCUGAAGAGCCCCGUCUGUUUUUGUCGCGGCCGUCUGAAACCGUUGCCUUGAGGAAAAAGAGGCUGGUGUUUCAGUGACCCCUGGAGUGUGAGAAGAGGAGUGUGUGAACGAAGUGUGUGAGCAGCUCUCCCUAUGUGUGUGACAAUGGGGGACAUCAGUGACCUGGACCGACAGAUAGAGCAGCUCAGACGCUGUGAGCUCAUUAAGGAAAAUGAAGUCAAAGCACUGUGUGCCAAAGCCAGAGAGAUUCUGGUUGAAGAAAGCAAUGUCCAGAGAGUAGACUCUCCUGUCACGGUGUGUGGUGAUAUACACGGUCAGUUCUAUGACUUGAAAGAGCUCUUUAGAGUUGGUGGGGACGUCCCGGAGACAAAUUACCUCUUCAUGGGCGACUUUGUGGACAGAGGCUUCUACAGUGUGGAGACCUUUCUUCUGCUGCUAGCUCUUAAGGUGCGUUACCCAGACAGGAUAACCUUGAUCCGGGGUAACCACGAGUCCCGGCAAAUCACCCAGGUCUACGGCUUCUACGACGAGUGCCUCCGCAAAUACGGCUCAGUCACUGUGUGGAGAUACUGCACGGAGAUAUUCGACUACCUGUCUCUCUCUGCUAUCAUCGAUGGAAAGAUCUUCUGCGUACACGGAGGCUUGUCUCCCUCCAUCCAGACCCUGGACCAGAUCAGGACCAUUGACAGAAAGCAGGAGGUUCCCCAUGAUGGGCCCAUGUGUGACCUCUUGUGGUCGGACCCUGAAGACACCACAGGGUGGGGCGUGAGUCCCAGAGGUGCCGGCUACCUGUUCGGGAGCGACGUGGUGGCUCAGUUUAACGCCGCCAACGACAUCCACAUGAUCUGUCGAGCACAUCAGCUGGUCAUGGAGGGUUACAAGUGGCACUUCAACGAGACCGUGCUCACUGUGUGGUCGGCGCCCAACUACUGCUACAGAUGUGGCAACGUGGCGGCCAUCCUGGAGCUGGACGAGCAUCUACAGCGGGAGUUCAUCAUAUUCGAGGCGGCGCCGCAGGAGACCAGAGGCAUCCCCUCCAAGAAGCCAGUAGCCGACUACUUCCUGUGAAGUCUGUGAGCGUCGAAGCCUCCGGUACCAUUUCACACCAGCCGCCCUCCAUCCCGCCGCCGAACGCUUCUGUCGGCCUGAACUCACAGCAGUCAGACAGAAAACCUGCCAGAGAGCUUCAGCCUGAACCGCUGGAUUUUCUGCCUGACGGAGCCUCCGGUCGCUGUGGAAGGUGUCGGGGCGAGGCGGACCCCGGGCCCAUGACUGUUGUCUCUUCAUCCUCCUCUCUGUAGAUACAACACCCUCCUCCCCCUGUAGUUCUCUUUUUUAUGAUGAACUUUGUCAUUUAGUUUUAGAAGUAUCUGGAAGGAGUUAGGUGUUUCUUGUUUAUUUUCACCGACAUGCAGUUGUAGGAAAUUUCACACUUAUGUCAUUUAAGGAAUUCCUUCGACGCAUAUGUUCUCUCUGUUUUUGAUUUUUUUUUUUGUAUAAUUGUCGCUGCCAGAAUGAAAUAUGAAACGGCCACUCACCUGCUCCCCUGCCCUGUUUCUGCUCUUCUGUUUAACUGUCAUGUGCGUCGCUAUUUAACACGCCGAGUGCUGCCGCCGCUCAGCGCCGCAACAAAUAAACACCAGAAAUGUACUGACUCCUGCUGGAGGGGUCGCUGUAUUCACCGUCGUUUUCUCUCUUAAUUCCUUUUAAUCUACAAAGCUCUGUAGGUCUGUCAAUUUUGAUAUUGUGAGAAUAAAGUUUUGUAUCAAUGCUG